CUCACAGCGCCCCCUCGCAAGGGGGCCGAGGCGCCCUCCCUGGGCGCGCGGGCGCGCCCCCUUCCGCGGCCAUGGGCCAGACCUGCGGCGCCGAGCACUGCGGCCACGCCGCCCAGGCGCUUCUGCCGGGCGCCUCCGGCUCUGCCUGCGUGCCGCGCGCCGCGCCGCGCGCGGCCAGGUGGGCGGGAGCGCACGAGGAGUCCCGCCGGGACGUGCGCCUUCUGCUGCGCGCGGACCACUUCCAGACGUCCGUCGUGCACGACGGCGACGCGCACGGCGCGGCCCGGAGCUCGCGCUGCGGAGGCUGGAAGGAGGCCUACGCCCUGGGCCACCAGCUCGGCGACGGCAUCUCCGCCAAGGUCUUCCAGGCGGAGGCUCCCGCGGGCGAGUUCUCCGGCCAGUCCGGCAGCUUCGAGCCGGGGCUGUUCGAGAACAGCUGCAGAGGAGCCGUGGGCCAGUGCCUCCGGGACCGCGGCCGGCGGGUGGCGGUCAAGCGCUUCCACCGCGUGGGCAGCCGCACCUACCAGAAGGAGCUCGCGGCGCUGCAGCAGGCAGGCGUUCACCCCAACGUGCUGCGGCUCCUGGAGAGCCACAAGGGGUGCGACGGCGAAGACGUGCUAGUGCUGGAGUACUGCGACGGGUCCACGCUGUACGACCUCUACGCGUCCGAGCACCCCCGCGGGGGAGUGCCCCACCGGCUAGUGGCGAGGCUGCUGCGGCAGCUUCUGCUCGCCCUGGAGCACUUGGCGGCCUGCGGCAUCGAGCACCAGGAUGUCAAGCCUGAGAACAUGAUGCUGUACAGCGUGUCCGUGUCUUCGGCGCAAGGCGAGCUCAAGCUGGGCGAUUUCGGCUGGGCGGCGCUGGCCAACGGCAGGGCGAGCGGGCCUCCGGCCACGGGCGCGGGCUCGCUGUGGUACGCGCCGCCGGAGCUGAACCCGCCUGUCGCGGGGUGCGCCCCGCCCGCGGCGGCCGCCACCGACGCGCAGGGCCGCCGCGCCUGUGGCCAGUGCGACAUGUGGAGCGUGGGCGUGGUGGCGUACUUGCUGCUCGUUGGGCACAACCCCUUCAACCUCGCUCUGCGGCAGCCGACCCAGGACGCGAUAGAUGCGGAGGUGAUCCGGCUCGCGGCCCUGGGCCAGUUCAACAGCCGCGCGGAGAACUGGAGGUCGCUGCGCCCGGAGGCGCGGCAGCUCGUGGAGCAGUUGCUGCAGGUGCCGCCGAGGUCACGCCCGCCGGCCAGCGACGCGCUGCGGAGCGCCUUCCUGGCGGGCGGUGCGGCCUUCGGGGACCCGCCGACAUACGGCGAGGAGCACGCCGGCUGCCCCAGCGGGCCCGCGGAGUCGCCCUCCGCGCGGUGGGCGCGGCUGGACGGCCUGCAGCGCUUGGCUUGGCUGGCCGUCGCGAGGGCGGUCGCGGAGCCGGAGCUGGAGCGCUCCGUCGUCAGCGCGGCCCUGGAAGGUGCCCCAGACGCCGCCGGGGACGCGGCGGGCGCCGAGGUGCUGGGGGAGGCCUCGUACCUGUGGCAGCUCGCGCGGCAGCUGGCAGCCCGGCCCGUGCUCCACUGGCUGCGGGAUCGAGGCGCGUGGGCUGACAUCGAGCGGUUGGCCUUCUCCUACCUCGAUGUGGACUCCGACGGGGUCCUCAGCGCCGAGGACCUGGCCGCGCACACUGCGGGCGUUCGGCAGGGCGCCUCCGGUGCCGCGCCAGGCGAGCACGACUCUUGCGACGGUGCCGCCGCCGUGCCCCUGUUCGACGCCUGGACCGUGUCGAGGCACUGGGUGUCCAGCUGGAGCGACCCCGACGGGCCGCCGGUCGCCACACACCGCGGG